AUGGGGAGACGCACCAGAAUACUCAUAUGGAUGAUUGACUGGAUAGUACUAUACUUUGGAUUGAGCGCCAUACAGUCAGAAUGGGAUCUUUUUAAAUCCCCUGCCCUGCUUUUCCAGUCUCACGCCUUCUAUUGUGAGCAUGCUCACAGCAAACAAGUCUGUAGCACAUGGGGUAACUACCACUUCAAGAAAUUCGAUGGAGCCAUUUUCCACCUGCCAUCCACUUGCAAUUAUAUCAUGUGCGCAACGUGUGGAGCCGGCUACGAGGACUUCAGCAUUCAGAUGAGACGCCAAGUAGUAGAUGACCGUCCAACCAUCGCUAACAUCACGAUGAAGCUGAACAGCGCUGUAGUGGAGCUCGCCAAAAACACCGUCAGAUUAGACGGAAGACAGAUGAAUCUGCCGUUUAGCCACUCUGGUAUUCUGAUCUAUAAGAGUUCCUCGUACGUCAAAGUCACUGCUGAACACGGACUGGUGGCCAUGUGGAAUGAGGAGGACUCCUUCACUGUUGAAUUGGACAUGAUGCACCAAAAUAAGACCUGCGGGUUGUGUGGAGACUUCAACGAGUUCAUUAAAGAUGAUCUUGACAGAUCUACAUAUGACUAUGGAUACUUUGCAGAGCCUGAUAGUUCAGCAGAGAGUUGUAUGAAACAGAUGAGUUCAACACAGACCUGCAAAAAAUUGACAUCAGUAUGUGAGCAGCUGCUUUCAGGUCCAUCUUUCAGCAGUUGUAUGGAUCUCGUACCUCUUGACUCCUUCAUCAAGGCCUGUGAAUUGGACAUGUGCUACUGCACCAACAGGACCAGAUCCUUUUGCGUUUGCAGAACCGUCACAGAAUAUUCUCGCCAGUGCAUCCAGGCGGGUGGAAAGCCUGACCCGUGGGGGACUGAACGGUUCUGUGGUAAAUCGUGUCCUCACCACAAUAUGGUGCAUGAAGAAUGCGGAAACCCUUGCAUCAACACUUGCUCAAAUCCUGACAGAAAUCAUAUUUGUGAAGACCACUGUAUCAAUGGGUGUUUCUGUCCUGAAGGAUACCUGCUUGAUGACCUCACUGACAAGGGUUGUAUAACCAAGGAUCAGUGUCCUUGCAUCCACAAUGGAAAAACAUAUGAUCCUGGACAAACUUACAGAACUAACUGUAAAGAAUGCACUUGUAUCGAUAAUCAAUGGAGCUGUGAGGACAGAGCUUGCCCAGGGAUUUGCUCUGUCGAAGGUGGUUCUCAUAUUACUACUUAUGAUGGGAAGACAUACAGCUUUCAUGGAAACUGCACUUACGUUCUUUCUAAGCAGACCAGUGAAAAUGAGUUUACAGUUUUGGGGGAUCUGAUGAAAUGUGGCUUCGCUGAGGCUGAUACAUGUCUGAAGGCAAUAACUCUUUUACUCUCAAAGAGGAAUAUAGUGAUCAGCAUCCAGUCUGAUGGAAAGGUGUUUGUUGAUAGAAUAUAUUCACAGCUCCCUCUUUCCAUAGCCGAUGUGAUGAUUUUCAAACCCACCACAUUUUUCAUCAUCGUCCAGACAUCUGUCGGUCUUGAGCUAGAGAUCCAGCUCAUACCAAUAAUGCAGGUUUACAUAAAAGUUGAUGUGACUUACAAGCAGAGAUCAAAUGGUUUGUGUGGGAACUUCAAUAGUAUUCAAGCAGAUGACUUCAUAACUGUUAGGGGAUCUCCUGAAGCAACAGCAGUAGACUUUGCCAAUGGCUGGAAAUCACGAGCCGUCUGCCCUGAUGUUAAAAACAGCUUUGAGGAUCCCUGUAGUCUCAGCUCAGAUAAUGAGAGAUAUGCUAGGAAAUGGUGCUCUCUGCUGUUAGACCCUAAUGGGGUGUUUGCACCAUGUCACAAAGAGAUCAGCCCUGAUUUCUAUCAAAUGAUCUGCAUGUAUGAUGCAUGUAAUUGUGAGAGAAGUGAGGACUGCAUGUGUGCCGCGUUGUCUUCAUACGUACACAACUGUGCUGCAAAAGGGAUUCAUCUUCCUCACUGGAGAAACGUUGCAUGCAGUGAAUUUUCAGCCCGCUGUCCCAGCAACAUGGUUUAUUCUUACACAGUUCAAAACAACAGUCGUUCCUGCCGUUGCAAAAGUGACCCAGACUUCACCUGCGGUGUCACAUUUGGGCCUGUAGAUGGGUGUAUCUGUGCAGAGGGAACGUUCCUUGAUGAAGCCGCAAAAUGUGUCCCUUUAGCUAACUGUUCCUGCUACAUCAAUGGCACAGCGAUUGCCCCAGGAGAAGCGAUCAGCAGAGAUAGCACCGUGUGCACUUGCAGGAAUGGGAGACUCAGCUGCAAUGGACAGAGAAUUAGCCAACAAUCUUGUCCCCAACCUACGGUUUUCUUUGACUGCACUAAAGCUCCUCGUGGAUCUACAGGAUCUGAAUGUCAGAGGAGCUGCAGCACUCUAGAUAUGGCUUGUAUUAGAACUGAGUGCAUCUCAGGCUGUAUGUGUCCGUCUGGACUGGUAUCAGAUGGUAGGGGUGGCUGCAUCAAUGAAAACCUUUGUCCUUGCAUUCACAAUGGAAGUGAACACCAACCUGGAGAUAAAAUCAGAGUGGACUGCAAUAGCUGUACCUGUAGGGAUAGGAAAUGGGAAUGUACAACAAACCCAUGCCAUGGAACCUGCUUACUUCACGGAGAUGGCCAUUACAUUACAUUUGACGGAAAGAGAUUCACUUUUGAUGGAGAGUGUCAAUACACAUUAAUCACAGAUUUUUGUGGUCAUGCCAAUACCAGUGGUACUUUUCGUGUUCUCACUGAAAACAUAUCAUGUGGAUCUACUGGCACUACAUGUUCUAAGGCUAUCAGACUCUUCCUUGGGAACGAGGAGCUCAAACUAACAGAUGGAGGUUAUCAGAUAUUUCAUAAAGCUGAGGGAGUGCACAUUCCAUACCAAAUUUUGAUAAGAGGAAUGUACAUGGUCAUUGAGGCAAAUAAUGGAUUAAUUGUCAUGUGGGACCAGAGGGCAAAUAUGUUCAUCAAACUCAGUCCAAACUUUAAGGGUGCCGUUUGUGGACUUUACGGGAACUUUGAUGGAAACACAAACAACGACUUCAUGUUGAGAAGUCAGGAGGUGGUAAUUAAACCCUUGGACUUUGGAAAUGAUUGGAAAGAGUCAUCUAGCUGUCCUGUUGCUAUGGAAAUUAGAAAUCCCUGCUCAAAUAACCCUUACAGGCAAUCAUGGGCUCAGAAACAAUGCAGUAUCAUUAAGAGUGAAGUUUUUACAACAUGUCAUUCUCAAGUGGAUCCCAAUCAUUUUUAUGACGCUUGUGUGAGAGACUCCUGUGCUUGUGAUAGCGGUGGAGAUCAUGAAUGUUUGUGUGCUGCUGUAGCAGCCUAUGCACAAGCCUGUAAUGAGGCUGGAGCUUGUGUUGCCUGGAGAACGCCUAAAAUAUGUCCAUUGUUCUGUGAUUAUUACAACACUCCUGGGAAAUGUGAGUGGCAGUACAGACCUUGUGGAGCUCCUUGUCUGCAGACCUGCAGAAAUCCAACUGGGCAGUGCUCAAGUCAGAUUCUAGCACUUGAAGGUUGUUACCCCAGAUGUCCAGCUGGACAUCCUUACUUUGAUGAGGAUACAAUGAAAUGUGUUACAAAGGACCAGUGUGGCUGCUAUGAUAAGCAGGGGCAAUAUUACAGAGAUCAUGAGAAAGUUCCUUCAUUAGAAAACUGUCAAAUAUGCUACUGCAAUUCCAUGGAGAUCAACUGCAAAUACAAUGCGACUGUCCUCAAGUAUAGCUGUUACAACAGUGUCAUCUGCAAGUGUACAUACAUCACCACGUCCCACAUCAACGGUCCAAAGUUCUUCCACCGUUACAAACAUAUUCACAGAUCUGUCAACAAGUUCUACUGCUUCACCUUCACCAACCUUUUCUGUCAAUAUGCCUAUACCAAGUGA